AUGGAACGCGGAGGGCGUGGCUUGGACCGCGGAGGAGUAGGAAAGCCUUCCCGCAGCCCUCCCUCAGUCCGGGACCGGGACAGCGAUAACACCCGCCCCGGCAGCAGUAAGUGCAGUCACUUGGGGGCUCUCCGCCCUUGCCCCGCCAUGAGAGCCGCCCUCACGCUGCAGUCCCUGCGGGAGGUGGUGAAGAGCCUCGUGGACACGCCUGGCUUCGAUCGCGUGUAUGACAAGAUUAAACUUCUUUCUGCAAUUCCUGGGAAGGUUGUAUGUGAAAUGAAAGUUGAGGAGCAGCACACAAACAGGGCUGGCACACUGCACGGAGGCUUGGCCGCCACCCUAGUAGAUGUUGUGUCAACAGUAGCAUUGAUGAACACAGAAAGAGGAGAACCAGGAAUACAUAUCAGCUCCUAAGAUGGGAGAAGAGAUGCUGAUUACCGGUCAGGUUAUGAAGCAAGGAAGAAGAAUUGCUUUCACCACCGCAGAUUUAACGAACAAAGCAACAGGAAAGAUAGUAGCACAAGGCAGACACACAAAGUACCUGGGACCUUAGUAUAAGAAAAUGAUCUGUAGAGAGAGAAAGCUUUGCCUUAAGAAAUCCAGUCUUCUGUUUUAAGGUAUAACUGAAGGCUAGUAGAUGGCCUAUAUUAAAUGGGUUUAGUCUCAGAUCCAGUACUAACUGACACUAAUUUUCAACUAAUUGUAGUCCUUGACUACUCUGACUGAAAGCUGGAGUUUGAUCUUGCCAUUUUUGUGUCUGAAGAGAAUAAAGCAAAUCUUUCAAACCAGAAUUCAGCCCUGCUGGCAGGGCACCAUAGGGUAGCUAAUGUUUGGUGUCCAUGUCUCCAAAGCUGUCAGUUAAUCACCUUUCACAUGUCAAAUUCAGUAUUAGACUGCUUUUUGUUUUGUACAACAGAAUGGUAUUUAAAGUAACAUCAUAAAGGAACAGAUCAGGCAGAGGUGAUAAUUCUGAUUUAAAUUCUGAAUCAGAAGGAAGAAUAUGUUGCAAAACGAAAAAACAAACAAACAUGCUUUACUUCUAUUUUUACCAUGAAAUUCAAUGGUUAUUUUAAAAAAAGUCUAAGCCAGGUACUAUAAAUGGGAUUUUCACAUUAUUAGAAAUCAGUUUAGCUUAAUGAACACAUGUAUCACAUUCAGAUGUUUUAUUUCCUGUUACUUAUUAAAAGAAACCCUGCCAUCCUAGACUGCAUGUACCUUUGCCCCUUAGCAGUGUACAUGAUCUUAUUUGAGUACUGAAAUAAAUCAACAUUCAACCUU